AAAUGGCAUCACAAAAUUACGAAUAUGCUGCUCAAAUAUCACCGACAACGAUGACUCAAAACACAAAUACUCCAAGUGAUACCUCAAACGGUUUAAAUCUCACAAAUACUCCACAGAAACAAUCUACAAACUCCGCAUUAGACACUUUACAAAGUUCUACAACACAAAUAAUACUUAUACCACAUCAACAGUCAUCGGUUGUCACAAUAGACUCAAGUAUACCCGGACAAGUACAAAACACAACCACAACUGCUGUCACAUUAAAUGAGGCGACGAGUUCUUCUCAAGAAUUGACGGAAGAUAUGCUGGUUAAUCAAGAACAAUUACCCGUAUUGGUUAUAAGCCCGGGUACUGUUGCUUCAUCAAACACUUUAGAAACAAAUUCAACUCAAAUGUCAAUAACUGAUGUAUCACCGAGUGUUUCAUUGCCUCCUCCUCCUUUGGUCCAUGACGCUGCAAAAAUGUUAGAUCAUCAAUCCUUAGUAUCUCAACAAGAUCCUCGACCUCAACUAACUAUUGAUACUUCUCUAAAUGUUAUCAGACAAGCUGAAAUAAUAUCUUCAAUACCGUCUCCUGUUACCCCCGCAUUGAUAGAUUUAAAUAGACAGACACAGAUACAACCGAUGGAUCAAGUGACCGCUGUAAAUACAUUGGCAUCUGUUCAGGCAGUAGUUCAGGCCCAAGUUCAGGCACAAGUUCAACAUGAAAUGCGAGCCAUGUUUUCAAAUAUAAUGGUGGAACAACAAAAUCAACAAUCUCAAGACCAAUCAAAACAGUCUCCUUCGAUAAUUGAGCAGAUGAUAAUAGACAAUGAUCCUGUACAGGCUCAUCGUGAGGCGAUCGUGCAGGCCGCUCAGGUUGCUCAAGCCGCGGCGGUAGCUGCUGCUGCUGCUGCGGUGGUAGCUCAACAAGUUCUAGUUCAUGCCGCCGCGGCUCAAGCGGUCGCUGAGGUGUCCCAAUCUCAAAUCCAACCAGUUCAAACGACAGAUUCUUCUCAAAUUCAACCAGCUGCUGCAUCUCAAAAUUUAUCCGCUUCCGUUGACCCUGAUCAAUCACCGAUGGUUUUGGUACUCGAUAACCCCGUAUCGAGUAAUCAAAGUACCACAACUGCUGUGCAGUCCGUAGUCAGUAAUGGUCCUAUGCAACUUGUGGAAUCUUUGGCUAAUGCUCAGAUUGUUGGAUCGAUGACGAAUGCUCAAUUAGUUGAGCACAAUAGGCGGUUAUGUUUUGAAAUCGUGAAUAAUAACCAGUUAGCCGCUAAUUUACAGGCUUCCGCCGUUAGCGCGUCAAUUAUGCAACAAACGGCUCAAAUCGAUUCUUCCAUUCUGCCGGCCUCCACCCAAUCUCAACCGAUGACUAAUUUAUGUAACCAAGAUCCAAUUGUUCCGUCUGUUACCUCUAAUUGGAGUAUUGCACCUAAUGAUGCUUCAGAUAUUGAAGCUCAAAAUACUGCUCCAAUAAAUUUGAUUAAUGUAGAUGGGGAGCAAAUUGUAAAUAAUACAGCAUUAGUAGACUCAAAUCUUAUAAAUAACAAUAAUAAUACACCACCGCCACCAACAUUGACCUUUGUCAAUGAAAAUCCACAGUUGGAUAUGCAGUCAUCACAAAAAUCGAUUGAAGCUACAACAACGAUGACUUCAUCAUCACCUGAAUUGCCUUCGCAACAGCAAUCUCAACAACCGUCCAAUUCAUUAACUUUAGAGACACAAAAUUCAGAGACUAAUGAGGUUUCCGUGAAUUCACCACGACUAGAUUUAGGAGGUUUAGUUGACAAUGCAAUAUCAUCACAAACUGCGUCUUUACCAUCACCACAGAAAGAAUCCGAUAAAUCGGACCCAAAUACUUCACCCGAUUCAAUUUGUGCAAUAUCUCAGAAUAGCGAUACGUUAAAAGAUCACGAUAAUCAAUCUAGGAGAAAUUCGUCCAAUACUUUAUCAAAUUCACCUGUUUCAAUUACACGACAAAUUAUCAAUGAGGAUGUAGAUUCGAUCAAGAUUGAAUCUUCGCAAUCCGUUGAACCUUAUGUUUCAUUAAAUGGGACAUCUACUACUUUUGAAGAUAUGUCAAUUGAACAACUUUUGGUUCGAUUAGCACAGUAUGAGCAUCCUAAUAUGACGAAAGAUCAGUUAAUUGACAAAUUAAGAUAUCAUGAAAAAAAUCUAAAGGAUAGCACAUCUCAUUCAAGAGGUCAUAAACGAGCGCGUUCUUCUAAUUCAAGGAGAUCGAUUUCACCAAUUACUCUUGUGGAUGAAAUGGAAGACGUAAAAAGAGAGGCUAAUCAGUCUGAAUCUGGAGUGGCUGGUUAUUCCACUCAAAGUUCUCCUUCGAUCUCUUCCGCCGUCAAACAAGAAAGUGAGGAGGAUAAAAAGAAUACACAUAAAUGCAUGUGGAGGGGAUGUACAAAAGUACUUGUUACAUUGGAUUUGCUUAUUGCACAUGUUGGUGAUUCACAUAUCGGCAGUGGAAAAGCCACAUAUUCUUGUGAUUGGGAGGGAUGUACAAGAGGGCAAAAACCGUUCACAAAACGUCACAAAAUGUACAAUCAUUUACGAACACAUACGGGAGAAAGACCGUUUGUAUGCGCUGUAAAUGGUUGUGGAAAGAGAUUUUCAAGACCUGAUUCCUUGACGACACACGUAAAAACACAUUCCAAUCAUCGUCCGUACAUAUGUCCAUAUAAAGGAUGUAAUAAGGCAUAUUAUCAUUCACGUUCACUUCGUAAACACGAAAAGACACAUGAUACUAGAUUGUCUCAUACACAUCCUUUACCACCAGUUCAUCCUUCCAGUAUUUCUAUACCGACGAAUAACGGAAUACAUAUAAAUUUUGCACAAAAUCACAUGUUUUCGGCUCCCCAACCGCAACCACCGCCACACCAACCACAUCAACCACAUCAUAUUUUCUCGCAAAAAUCUGCAGUAAUUGAUUCGAGUGGUCAGCAUGACAUUAGAUCAGUUCCACCGCCUUCUCAUCCGCAUCAACUUCCACCUGUACAUCAAUUACAUCCUCCAUCGCCUGUAGGGCCUACAGCGUCGUCAAAUAAUACUUUUGGCUUUCGUUUAUUAUCACAACCACCUAACACUUUAAGUUAUUAUCAUCCACUACAACCACCGCCGUUGAAUCAUCGCCCUGAAUUAAUUCAUCAUCCUAGAAUUAAUUCCUCUGAGGCUUCGCAAUCGCCUUUAUCGUCAGCUAGUUCACCUUCAGCUCACUUUUUUGCUCAUACGACGACUCAUUCAUUCUCACAGCCGCCUCCGUCUACUAACUUACCGUCACGCCCAAAUAAUAAUAAUAAACCAGCAAAUAAUAAUUAA